CAUCCAAUAAAAAAAAAGUUCAACCGCGGUAACCACCAACAUCACGGCAAAACGGUGCGGAACGGGUUGUGCGGGUCGGCUUUCCUCGGUCUCGGAAUCGGUGUUGUGUCUCUUCACGCUCAUUGUCCCGUUUUGUGUGAGUGUUUCUUCCACCAUAUCGCGAAUCGGUACAAUUUUAUAACAAAAAAUAAUUACCCUUGUGCGAUAAUAAUUCGAUCGUCAGAAGCCGGGGGAUUGUCCUCGGCAGGAUUCUGCAUUCGACGGUGAAAAGAUUGCAACAGUGUGGUUGAACUUUGGUGAAGUACUGUGGGGACAUACAUCUGGAAACAGACCGCAACCUUCCGGAAGUGUCCAUUGUGAGUGUGAUGUUGACUUUCGUUUAAUGAUUCCAGUGGCUUGCUUGUAAGCAUUCCGGAUGUUAUUGGUCAUCGCUUGGGCCAGAAGACCUUGUUGGCAUCACCAAUAGCUCUGACAUUUUGAAUUGCCUUUGGAAAACAAUGAAUAUCUGGUGUCACGGUAAAGGAGAUAUCCAAGAAACCUACUGAAAGAACCAUUCAAAAUGGAUGCUUUUUUGCCCAACUCUACCAAAAUUUAUUACAUUCAGCCUCUGAUUAUGGUUAUUAGCUAGCCGUAUUUUCAUCGGAUUAAGCGAGUUCUACAAGACGUACUUUUUCUUCAUCUUGAAGGUAUAGAGGAAAGUAAAAAUCGAAUCAUAUCGCAAAUAGAGCAACUUACGUGUUUUAACCUUUAAAAAAAGAAAGAACCAACAACUGGGCAUCGAACUUCCACACUGUGAGACGGUCUGUGAAACCACGAGUACGCGAUUCAAGGAUUAAACACACUGCUAUCGUACAGUUACACUUUUGUACCGAUACCGUUCAGUUAGCUUUCGUUUAGAAAUCGGCCACAAUGGUAAAGGAGAAGCCUAACUCGACUAGAAUAUACGACAAGGAAGGAUUCAGGCGUCGCGCGGCCUGUAUCUGUGUGCGAUCGGAAGCUGAGGCCGAGGUACUGCUGGUGACUUCAUCACGUCGUCCUGAGCUGUGGAUAGUGCCAGGUGGGGGCGUCGAACCGGACGAAGAACCAUCGCUAACGGCAACUCGUGAAGUACUAGAAGAAGCGGGAGUUAUUGGCGAACUCGGUCGAUGCCUGGGUAUUUUCCAGAACACGGAACAUAUGCAUCGGACUGAGGUGUUCGUCAUGGUAGUUACAGAGGAACUCGAGGAAUGGGAAGAUUCCAAAACAAUUGGUCGAAAGCGCCAAUGGUUUACAAUUGAGGAGGCGUUGUCCCAGCUAGCCCUCCAUAAACCUACUCAACGUCAUUACUUGCAGCAGCUUCGUCACUCGAAAAACAGUCUAACAUCGACUGCUAACUGUAUACACCUGGUCUCGGAUGAUCCCGAAGAUGGCGAAUUUGGCGAAUCAACUAGUAACCAGACAAACAACGAAGAAACAUGGACGACACCACAGCUGGAUAACACUAAGGAAACCGGAUUGGGGUCUGCUAUAAAUGACAACUCAGCGGAAGAUGCUUCCUAAAUCGAGUGCUUAACACAGAACAAGCACGAAGUGAUUUUCUCCAAUGAUGGGACGAAGAAUUCGGCUAGCAAAAGGGCAUGUCCAAAACUCAUAUUUUCUACUAACACACUCCAUGUUGCCUUCAUUUCCGCCCUGAUUACUCUGACUGCAAACUAUAACGUAUCUUGUGGCAUCGUUGAAAUUAAACAUCAUCAACAAUUCAUCUGGGAAACAUCCAUAGCAUGCAGGCGGAUCAAUCGUAUUAUUGGGAAACCUUUUGGAAUGUCUCUUCUAAAAAAAACAUGAAAUAACCACACACAGGAUUCUAACAAGUAAGUAACUGCAACCCACUUUUUGUGAGACACGCAUAUAUUUUCUGGACACAUCGAAUCUUUACAAAUAAGGUGACACCGAUAUUUUAGCUCUCAUUAUAAUUUUUUUUUUUUGCGAGACCAAGGUCAAUUUUCCAAAUUUUUCAACAUUUUCGCGCAAACUUAGAGCAAAAAGUAAUAUAUAGCCCUGGGACGCGUAUACUAUCAAUAAAGAAGCAAGAAAUAAAUAUUCAAUAAUAAAAAUUUAAAACUAGGCUGAAAUGAAUACUUUUUAAAAACAUUCAUUAAGUUUAUACGCAAACUAUGGGGACAAAGUAAAUCGAUCGGAUAACAAUACAUGAAUCAAUCUAACACUAAAAAAAACUAAAACUAGUUUAAAACUGCAACCCAACCUAUAAGGUUUAAAAUUAUAGAUGAAAAAUAUUAUUAACAAUAAAUAUUAGGUAAAAUAAAAAGCUUCAGAGAAUGAGUAACAAUUGGCAAAAAAAAAAUCUUCUCCGGCUCCUAACGAUUUUUUGUAAACGCUUAAAGCAGCCCACGUACUAGUGUUUAGAAAGAGAAGGAUAAAAUUGAUUCAAAAUCGUACAGUCGAAAAAGAUAGAUCUUUAAAUUUGAGUCAAGAGAGAAAAUAGAUUCUUAUUUUAGAAACAAGAGCAUAAGUUCUGAAAUUUCUGCAACGAAAAUAUUCAAGUUUAAUAUGACUUUCUGGAAUCAAUUACUAUUCAAACCAAUUUUCAAAUGUCAUCGUACUAGAACGAAUAUAAAGUGAUUUCACCGCGACAUAAGAAUGGUUAUUGGUUGGCGAAAAAUUCACACGAGACGGAUAUUUAGUAUUGAUGAACACCGGCGCCGUUGUUUAUGUUCAAUUUUGCUGUUGGAGUAAGCUCAAUCCAGAACCAUCGACGAAACAAAUUGGUGAGAAGUAGGUAACUGGUGAACGCGAUAAGAUAAUGGGAGCAGUAGAGAUGUCAAACGAGAGAAAGGAUUUCAGAAUUUUACUUUCAACACUUAUAUACUGUACGGAUACUACACAUAAUGAUAAUUUAUUAAUAUAAAAACAUGUAAUAUAAAUAUUAUUAUCAGGAGAAUGAAAACUUUCUUGAAGCAAAAUUGAAUGCAUAGCAUGUAUUUGAAUUUACUAAGAAAACUAAAA